AGGUCUACUAUUACAUACCAGCAGCACCACCAGAGCGAAGAAAUCCCGGGGGAGCAAUACAUCAAGCGUAUAAACGGCUGAGAACCGCAUCAAGAGAACGCCAGAAACGCGAAAAGAUUCAUCAGGAAAAUCUUGAUCAAAAUGAUGGAAAAUCUGAAGACGAUGCCUCGGUAUUAGAAGCAAUUAAAUGGCUUGAUCUUAAUGACGCGCCGUGGGAUUUAGUGCUGCAAAAAUGGAUCAAAACCUCGAAGAGUCGAUUCACUGAUAUUAAACAGCUCAGAGGAAAUGAUGUUUUCAAGAAAUAUCGUCAUUAUGCCACUAACUACGGAUUUCAAUUGAUCGACGAAGAUUUUCGUGCGAUGGGAUUUCAAGAGGGCAUACGCGGAUGGCCUAAAGUAAUUUCAAAAUUGAGACCAAUCUUCGUACUAAAGGUGAAGGAUCAAUAUUCACUAUCCAUGCUGGAAUAUUUGAUUCGCGCUGGUACUUCUGAAGAUGCGCAAAUCUGCUGCUCUAUGGUAUUGCUCAAUUGUUGCGUGCAACCAUGCAAAAUGACAAAAACGUUCAAACCAGCUAUUUUGACCGCACAGCAAGACAUAUUGCUGUUUGCUUCCAAUAUUGAUGAAGCAAGAUCAGUCAUUCAAGACUUGUUUGAAGCAUACCACGAUCAUAACAUUCCGCCUUAUCCAAAAAUUGUCAUUAUUGGGCGUGACUACCAAUCGUUCAGCAAUAAUUUUCACGUGAUUUAUUAUCAAGUUGAGUAUAACGUUAACAGUUUGGCUCGUGCAGUAGACAUAGUGAUAAAAAUGUGCAACAUAUUCAAGAUACCAUUCUCUAGAAUCACAAAGCUAGUGUGGUAUAGUAUACAGGAAAUCUUGUACGACAUUCGAAGUCCGGCGCAGUACAAAGACGUUGAGAACAUAAAAAAAAUCUGUCAAGGAUGAUCAGAUGUUUUCAACACAAUUGUCAACAAGAUUUCAAUACUAUCGAUGAAUAUGUUGCACAUCUUAAAGGCCACAACUUGAAAAAUACCCGUGAAUAUAAAUGUACUUAUCGAAACUGCCCUCAAUCAUUAUCUUCAUUCUACAAAUUACGACGUCAUCUUGAAUGCCACUCGAACGAUGAAAUCGAACAGAAGAAUCCUUAUAAAAGGCUGAAGAGUAAGGAGCACGAAGUUGGGUCUGAAUUAGAACUUGAAAAGGAUAACAACGCAGAUGAAACAACAUGCCCUUCAACAUCAACCACAUCAAACGCAGACAAACUGUGGAGUUCAUUGAGUGACUUGGAUCGUCUUGCCAUAAACUUCGUUAUCGAUCUUCAUAGGAAGCGAAAUUUCAACCGCAAAGAUGUUACCGAUAUUCUCGGUGGUAUUCGCUCGGUAUAUUCCAAUCUCGGCGAUUUGAUUGCGACAUCAGCUCCUGCAUCACAAGAUGGUCAACAACAAGUAUAAAUUGCUGAAGUAUCUCGAGGAAGCUGAUUUGUAUAAGAGCCCCGAUGUAUACAUUGUCAAUAUCGAUAAAGUAGAACUAUGCAAAGAGGAAGUCUCGGAAAAAAAACACAUCUAGUCAUGACCAAUCUGAAAUUUCAAAUCAGGAAAUUUUUCGAAGUAGAUAAUAUUCUAAGCGACACUUUGAAGAACAUGAAUAAUCUAAAACAAAAUUCGAACCUACAAAACUUUGUGAAUGGUGCUCUGUAUCGAUCUGUCGAGGAAAAAUAUGCAGGGAAAAUAGUAAUACCUGUUUUUUUAUAUAGCGAUGAAUUUGAGAUCAAUGACCCGCUUAGCGCCCACAACAAACGACAUUCAAUUUGUGCAUUAUACUAUAGUUUUCCAACCCUUCCAAAUCAAUAUACUGCCAAAUUAUCUAAUAUUUUUAUCGCCGGGGCAAUCAAGAAAGUUGAUAUAUCUGAACACGGGAUUGACAAAUUAAUACAACAUGUUGUAACUAGCUUCCAGGAUAUAGAAUCGAAUGGUAUCGUAAUUCAUACAAAGAUGCAAGAGUAUCAUGUGUAUUUUUCGCUUAUGUUAGUUCAAGGGGACAAUUUAGGAAUUCAUCAAAUGUUAAAAUUCUCCGGAUCAUUCGCUGCAAAUUUCUAUUGCAGAUUUUGUACUAGAACAAAAGAUGCUCUGCGUUCAGAUACAGUUGAGUACGAAGACAGUCUCCGAAACGUUAAAGAUUACGAAAGAGAUGUUCAGUUAAAACAAUCCGAGUCGGGAUUGACAGGAAAAUCUAUAUUCAACUCGUUAGACUCAUUUCAUACUAUAGAAAACUAUUAUGCAGAUAUAAUGCAUGAUCUAUAUAGUUCUGGGGUUUGUUUAUUUGGCUUCACAGAAGUGCUGAACUAUUGCAUAUAUAAAAAACGAUUUUGUACACUAGAUGAUAUCAAUGACAGAAGAAAAAUAUUAAAUAACUAUAAGUUGGAGCAAGGGCUGAGUCGUAUGCCGGAUAUAGAAGGGACAUUCUUGAAAGCAACUAAGGAAAAAUCGGUCGUACUGCGUAUGACAGCGAGCGAAAUGGCAGUAUUUUCAAACUUUUUCUGCUUCAUAGUCGGACCUUUCGUCCCUUUAGAUGAUCCAGUAUGGAAAUUCGCCACUAUUUUGAUCAAACUACUCGACAUAAUCAAUCUUCCAUCAUAUUCAUACCAAGAUAUAGAUUUGCUGAAGCAAUUAGUUACUGAGCAUCAUACGUUAUAUUUGUCAUUGUUUAAACAGCAUUUGAAGCCAAAACACCAUUUCCUAUUACAUUAUGCAAGAAUAAUAGAAAACAGCGGACCUCUUAGAAAAAUGUCUUGUUUUAGACACGAGGCUAGGCAUAGAGAUUUUAAACAAUACUUCAAUUGCACUUCCUCUAGGAGAAAUGUUUGUUAUACUAUGUGCGUAAAAGCAUCUCUCAUGUUUUCGUAUGACGUCACAAAUGAAGUAUUUUCAAAAUUGAAUUGCAAAGGUUAUUUCAAUUUGAGUAAAUUGGCCAAUAAAGACUAUUAUAAAACUCUAGUAAACAAAAAAAUGUUGAAUAAUCAAGUUGAAGUUUUGUUAAGCCAGAGCUUCAAUUAUAGGCACAAAAUGUAUAGAACAGGGAACUUUCUUACCGUUUCUAUUGAUUCAAAUAUCGAAAUUUAUCAAAUCGUAGAAAUCAUUAAACAUAAAGAGGAAUUUUACUUGAUAGUAUCUCGAUGGAAAAUUAGGAGCUUCAGUGAGCAUUAUCAAGCCUACUGUAUAGGGGAUAAAUGUAACGAACACUAUUUGUUAAAUAUUACUAUAUUCGACGGACCUCCGGUAGCCCUUGAAAAUGUUAACGAUGUUUUAAUGUUAAGGAGGAAGUUAUUUGUUUAUAACGAUUUUGAAUAAACGAUUCACAAAAAAGUUAAACUUAAGAGAAAAUGUCUACUUGGGCAGCAACCUUUAUUCCCUCCCAGGCCCUUUUUUAACCCAUUCAACAGAUGUUAACCGAGUAUUAAAAACUAAGCAAUCCAGAUGGAACGCGUUCGAGUAACAAAGUCGAAGACAAAAAUAAGGAGGCUAUCCAAAUAGAUCUGGUUUCUAAUCAAAUUAUUAUAUCCAAUGACAUUUUGUAUACAUAAUACUUAUAAAUAUAAAGUAAUGAAAGAAUGUAUUUUCCAAAAUAU